GUCACUGUCAAGAUCAUAACCUUCAAAUUCGGAAAAGUCAACAAACUUGGAAAAUUCACCAGGAAAAUUUCAGAGCAAAGAUGAGCUGAAAAAGUUUUUACUCAUCAGUGCGCCCGCGGCCGCCGCGUGAGACAUGCCGUCGCUCGCUGUGUUUGACUUCGACCGGACGGUGGUAGACGAUGACUCCGACGCCACUAUCAUCAGGCGGCUGAAAGAGAGGCAGCCACCGCCCGAAUGGGACAGCACUAACCAUGAUUGGACCCCUUACAUGAGCGAUGUGUUCGAGCAUGCGUUCUCAGCCGGUCUCAGCCAGGAGGACAUUCUGGGCAGCAUCGCGUGCAUGAGAGCCACGCCAGGGCUGCCGGAGCUGUUCACCAGGCUAGCUGCCAACGGCUGGGACAUCCUCCUCCUGACGGAUGCCAACACCGUGUUCGUCAAACACUGGCUCAAGACUCACGAAUUAGACCACUGCAUAACGUCAAUAAUAACAAACGGCGCGUUCUUCGAGAGCGGGCGGCUGCACAUCGAGCCGUGCAUGCGGCAGGCGGCCUGCGCGCGCUGCCCCGCCAACCUGUGCAAGGCACUGGCUCUGCAUACAUGGUGCAAGGAUCGUCAAUACGACCGGAUCGUGUACAGCGGCGACGGCAGAAACGACUUCUGUCCCGCCACCACGCUGCCCGCCUCCUCAACAGUAUUCGCCCGUCGCGGCUACCCUCUAGACGACCUUAUAAGGGCGACGCUCGCCUCCCCGACCCCACAGGUCAAGGCCAAGGUGGUCUACUGGGACGACUGCUACAGAAUCAUUGAAGAACUCUUCCCGGAGGAUAAGAGUAAAGUUGGAUCUGAGUAGGUGUGCUGUUCGCGGUUAUGGAUUUAUAAGUUGUAUGGGUAUAGUGGUAGCGGUUUUGAAGGCAUAAAUUGUAUUUUUAGUGCCGUCAAAACCUUCUUCUUGGUUUAAAAU